GGCUUCUCUCGAGGUGCAUACACGGCGCGCGCGCUCGCCGGGAUGCUGAACAAGAUUGGUUUGUUGUGCAAGGGGAACGAUGAGCAGGUCCCGUUCGCUUACGAGCUCUAUGAGCGUGAAGACGAGGAUAGUAAUAUACUUGCCAAAGGUUUCAAGGAGACGUUUGGGACGCCGGUUGACAUCGAAUUUAUUGGCGUUUGGGAGACAGUAUCGAGCGUGGGCAUGGUGCGACACAAGACACUGCCAUUCACAAGCUCGAACAACAGCAUCAGAGUCUUCCGGCACGCGCUUGCUUUGGACGAGCGCCGAGUGUUCUUCAAACCCAGUGGCAGAAUGCGCAAUCCUACUAACCAGGAAAUACAACGUACGGCCCCGGCAAGUAAGGUCCCGACGACUACAAAGCCAGUGACAGACGUCCUGGAGGUCUGGUUUCCGGGGUGUCACGGCGAUGUUGGCGGCGGAUCUGUGCUGGACAUUGAGCCUCACAACCUGGGGAAUAUUUCCCUGAGGUGGAUGGUGUGCGAAGUUCUCGCAGCCCAAUGCGGCGUGUUGUUCGAUGCAGAACGACUGAGCGAGAAAGGAGUCUACUCUACAGUGCCUGGGUACAGACCCCCGCUUGAAGAUACCGACGUUUGUGCCAAUAUACACGACGAGCUGGGACCCCAGGGGUCGCGCUGGUGGAACCUGCUCGAGCGCGUACCUCUGCCGCACAAGCAAAUGGGGUACAUAACAUUCGAUGAGCGUCAUCAAGGAAGAGGUCGCCGUAUACCGGACGUCAGGCCGAAUUUUCACAUGUCUGUCAUACGGCGAAUGGAACAACUUGGGUAUGAACCAAGAGCUACAUGGAGCGGCGAAGCCAACUUUGUAGAUUAAUUGAGUUUAUGGUGCAUCCAU